AUGAAGCAGAAAUCAUUAAUUAGAAAAGAUAUUAAAAAGAAUCCUGGACCAGAAAGUUCAAUUCAUAACGAGGAAGUAGUGGAACCUCAACCGCAAGUUUUGCAACACAAAACCACAACCACCACAUCAACACUGGAUUUUAAAGAUUCCAUACAACACCAACAACAACAUCAGCAGCAGCAGCAGCAACAAUGUUGUGAAGACAAUAGCGACGAUGACUUAGACGCCAUCGCAAACAUCAGUCAAAACCAGUUAAGCAUCACUAGUCCGUCUAAUUCGGAUACCGUACUUUUAGUAACAUCUCCACAGCAUACGUCACGAAGCCAAUAUUCCUCGAACGUUGGCAUGCAGCACAACUUACCUGGAAAACAACUUAAAGAAAUGGAGACUCAAAAUUCAAGUAUUCCAUGCCUUCCGUAUACUAUUUUCUCAACAAAUGAAGCUGAAAAUUGCUGGAGCAACCGCUUCCAGAACAAUCGACUAACAGAGCAGCAACUAAUUUCAUCUUACAACCAGCAACCAGAGCGUCAAACACAGAUCGAACAUUUGAAUUCAAUGCAGGAUUCGAGAGCGUCGCCACACGGUAACAUUGGGGAUUCAGGUGCUCAAUCACCUCGGAAGCACAUCUUGGAGUCAAAUAAUUGGUCGCAAGAAAAUUCAGGAGAUGGUGAAAAAAUUAAAAAUAAAUUGAAAACCGAGAAGAAUGACGAAUCGAACGCAUUGAAAUCUUUCCCAUCACAAAGGGAAAAUUCGCCAAACAUGCAAGGACAAGUGAGAAACCAUCUGGUCGCUGCUAACCCAGAAAGUCAAUAUUAUCAGACGCAGCAGUUUAGCAUCCCAUUUUCUUACUGCUCCUUUCCUGAAGCAAAACCCCAACAACAUCAUAAGAGUUUACCACUUGGUCAGAGUGUCUAUCAAACCCUGCCAGCCUAUCCUCCUUCCAGCGUUUUCAUGCAGUACUCCAGUCAGCAGAACUUGGCUCAGUAUUCACCGAUUGUUUUGCAAGACCACCACACGCUGCCAUCUUUCCAGCUGCAUGGCACGGAUCAAACGCCGUCCGUUCCCUCCCUACUUCCUACCACAAGCUUUCCAACUAUUCCACCACUUAUUCAACAAACAACUGCCUUGCCUGAUUCAACUCUCAUGUUCGAUGGCUUUCAAAAAAACCUCAAAACGAACGGUGAAACAUUUUGUGGAGUGCUUCAGCAACAGACCGCUGAAUUCUUCCCCACAAUCUAUGUUUCGCCUUGCGGAAUAAUUGAAGUGCUGCUAAGGAACCAUGUGGCGGUAGAAAUGACAGUCGAUCGAGCGAUCCGAGUGGUGAACAGCGCGCACAAGUCUGUCGUCGCAACAAACAGCCGCGGCAAUGCUUCCUGCAUCUUUCAUUACGCGGCAAAAAUAUAUCAGGACCACACAACUUUUGAGAUACUCGCAUACGGAAAUCGCCAGGCCAAGGCCAGGACUGAAUACAUCGUUUUCGGUGGCAGUUUCAGUACAAUGGCAGCCGGAUAUUGCGUGACGAGUGGUGGCCACAUGAGUCUGGUAGCCAAACCAAGUUUCAGCGACAUAACGAAAGAUAUGAGUCGAAGUUUGCUGUUCUCAUCGCGACACGGUGCCGAAUUGGUUCCUCAGUGCAUGCAAAUCGUUGAGUCUGCUCGCUACCGAAUGCAAAGAAACGGCGCUACGACGAUCCAUAUCAACUCCAUCAGAAUUCAUCAAACAUCAACAGCUGACGUCAUAGUAACUAGCGAACGAAAGAAUUUGCGAGUAUCUCCAUUGACGGGCCUGGCCCGAGUGAUGACCCACUUCGUAGACAUGACAGUCGACCCCGAUUGGACGAUCAAGGUCAAAAGAGGAGGUCAUCGUUUAAAUGCCAGUCUCUCGUCUUUUAUUUUAGCCAACGAUUUGGUAGAGUUUGGAUUUGACUCUCAGCAGCGGUUGUUUAUCCAGCCGGUUCGAAUCCAGAAAGAAACUUUAAUAAUGAACGAGAAACAGAGAACAAGAAAGGCAGACAACGCCGACAAAAAGCAUCCCACUAGCACGACAUCGAGUGCCACACAGCAACCCGAUUGCACGCGUAACGAACAAGCGGACGUUGAAAAAAUUCAGAGGGAUCAAGUCUUCCUCGAUCCACAAACUCUAUCCAUCCAGUCCGCCAACAGUUACUGGAGUAAGAACAGCGAGCAAAGUUUGAAUUCGAAAGUAAUUUACCAGUCACCACAAAUGAUGGAUCUUAGGAGCCCUGCUUGGGCGCAGUCUGGCGAACUGUAA